GUGCCUCAGUAAGGUGUGAGUUCAAAUAUACUGUUAAGAACGCGCUCAAGGAUCAAAUCCGAAGGGCUUGGCUUCAGCUCGUGUGCUGUGCCCCUAACUUCCGAGGGCUGUCGAACAAUGUCCAAAGGUUACCAGAUGAUGUCCGGAGGGCAUUGGGCGAUGUCCGAUGCGUGGGAAUUCCAGCGGACGUUCAGGAACAGGAGAUAAGACUAAUCCGGAUGAAGUCUGAACUAGAAAGGAAACAGCGGAGGACUACCAAAGGUAGAGGUGGAGAUGACAAGUCUAUAGGAAUCAACUCUAAGAUGAGCGGAGGUCGACGAGAGGAUAACUCAAGUCGGACAGAAGAGGGAAUGAGCAGAGUCUAA